AUGAAGAUUUGGACAUCCGAGCACAUCUUGGACCACCCAUGGGAAAUGGUUACCACGGCUGCAAUGCAGAAAUACCCAAACCCCAUGAAUCCAAGCAUGGUUGGUGUUGACAUGUUGGAUAGACACGCUGAUCCCUCUGGAAAGCUGCACAGCCACAGGCUCCUCAGCUCAGAGUGGGGCCUACCUUCCAUUGUGAAGUCGCUUACUGCUGCAGCAAGAACGAAAACAUACGUGCAGAAGCAUUCUGUAGUUGGCCCAAUAAUAAUAAAAAAAAACACCAUGGAGCUCAAGUCCUCCAGCAUCUCAUUUACAAAUAUGGUCUCUGUCGACAAGAGGCUCACGUACAAGCCGCACCCCCAGCACCCAGAGAAAACUGUUCUGACCCAGGAAGCCAUCAUCACUGUGAAAGGGGUCAGCCUCAGCAGCUACCUUGAAGAACUCAUGGCAAGCACCAUAUCCUCCAAUGCUAACAAAGGCCAAGAAGCAAUGGAAUGGGAGAUUCAUAAACUGAACGCUGAGAUUGAAGAAUUGACAGCACCAGCCAGAGGAAGCAUAAGGACCCCAAUGGCGACUGCAGCAGCGUUGGUGGAAAAAUGA